AUGCGAGGUGUAAAUGAUGAUUGCGGUGUGGUGAUUGUUGCAGCGUCGGAGGCACAGCUGGGCAUGAGCGGGGUAGUGGGUGCAGCGGGCGCAGGUGCGGGCGCGGUCUGCGCGCUGGUGGCGGGCGCCUGUGCUCUGUCGCUGCGCCGGCGCCGUCGACCGCGCCUCGCCAAGCCUCCGCCCGCCUCCGCCACGCAUGCACCACCUGCAGGCAAGCAGCCCGACCACGACGACGCUGAGCCAGACCUCAUACCUAAUAAUUACUGUGAAGCGGUAAGCGCGCCCAGCCUGGCCGUGUCCUCGCCGGGCCGCACUGCGCCCGCGCCGCUUACCACGCCGGCGUGUAACGGGCCGGGCGCGUCGUGGACGUGGAGCGCAAACGGGCGCGAGGCGGGCGCGGAGGCGAGCGCGGUGGCGGGCACGCUGGGGCGCAGCGCGUCCGCAACGCUCCGCGCCGCCGCCGAUCUCAACGUGGACGCCAUCAAAGAGAAGCUGCUAGACCACCGGAUCCCUGAGUCGUGCGUGUAG